GCAGAUGGCCCAGAGACCUCCGGUAGGGCAUGCAGCAUAGGGCGGCCAGGGCCGCAACCACUCCCUUCGUUGGCUACUCCCAGCCCGGGACUCCCCCCACCGCCCUGCGCGCCCCCGCGGCCGCCUCCGCAGUCCGCAGCCAUCCCAGCCGGGCAGCCCUCUGCUCCGCUACUCUGCGCGCAUCAAUCCGAGUCGGUUCGCGGGAGCGAGCAGGGGAGAGGACUGCAGCCGGCACCUAGAGCUAGAGGAGCCCGCUCUCCGCAACCGGCAGCCGGGCCCCUCGCUGCGGCAGCAGCCGCCGGUGGCCAGGCGGUGCCAGCCCGCAGAGUGGCAGAGAGCGGUGGGGCAGGGGCAGCCGGUGGCCGGAGGCAAACCUUGCCGGCAGCAUGGCGGGGCUGCGGCCCAGACCCGGCUCCCGGCUGCCGCUGCUGUUGCUGUCCACGCUUGGCUUCUGCCUGAUGCUGCAGGUCAGUGCCAAGAGGCCCCCCAAAACGCCCCUCUGCCCGCCCAGUUGCUCCUGCACCAGGGACACGGCUUUCUGCGUGGACUCUAAGGCAGUGCCCAGGAACCUGCCCUCCGAGGUCAUCUCUCUGACGCUGGUGAAUGCUGCCUUCUCAGAGAUCCAGGAUGGAGCGUUCUCCCACCUGCCACUGCUGCAGUUCCUGUUACUCAACUCCAAUAAGUUUACGCUGAUCGGAGACAACGCUUUCACAGGACUGUCGCACCUGCAGUACCUCUUCAUUGAGAACAAUGACAUCUGGGCACUAUCCAAGUUUACUUUCAGAGGACUCAAGUCUUUAACACACCUCUCACUGGCCAACAAUAACCUGCAGACGCUGCCUAGAGACAUCUUUCGGCCCCUGGACAUCCUGAGUGACUUGGACCUGCGGGGCAACUCACUCAACUGUGACUGCAAGGUGAAAUGGCUGGUGGAGUGGCUGGCACACACCAACACCACGGUGGCCCCCAUCUAUUGCGCCAGCCCGCCCCGCUUCCAAGAGCACAAGGUGCAGGAUUUGCCACUGCGGGAGUUCGACUGCAUCACCACAGAUUUCGUGCUGUACCAGACCCUGUCCUUCCCAGCGGUGUCAGCCGAACCCUUCCUUUACUCCAGCGAUCUCUAUGUGGCUCUGGCCCAGCCGGGUGCCAGUGCUUGUGCUGUCCUCAAGUGGGACUAUGUUGAACGGCAGCUUCGAGACUAUGAUAGAAUCCCAGCCCCCUCCGCGGUGCACUGCAAGCCCAUGGUGGUGGAUAGCCAGCUGUAUGUGGUGGUGGCCCAGCUGUUUGGAGGCUCUUACAUUUACCACUGGGACCCCAACACCACGCGCUUCACCAAGCUGCAGGACAUCGACCCGCAGCGCGUGCGCAAGCCGAACGACCUGGAGGCCUUCCGCAUCGACGGCGACUGGUAUUUUGCCGUGGCCGACAGCUCCAAGGCGGGCGCCACCAGCCUCUACCGCUGGCACCAGAAUGGCUUCUACUCCCACCAGGCCUUGCACGCCUGGCACCGCGACACCGAUCUGGAGUUUGUGGACGGUGAGGGCAAGCCUCGACUGAUUGUCUCCAGCAGCUCCCAGGCUCCCGUCAUCUAUCAGUGGAGUCGCACCCAGAAGCAGUUUGUGGCCCAGGGUGAGGUGACUCAGGUGCCUGAUGCCCAGGCUGUGAAACACUUCCGCGCCGGACGUGACAGUUACCUGUGCCUCAGCCGCUACAUCGGGGACUCCAAGAUCCUUCGCUGGGAGGGCAGCCGCUUUUCCGAGGUGCAGGCCCUGCCCUCCCGGGGCUCCCUGGCCCUGCAGCCCUUCCUUGUGGGGGGCCGCCGCUACCUGGCACUGGGCAGUGACUUCUCCUUCACGCAGAUCUACCAGUGGGAUGAGGGGCGGCAGAAGUUUGUGCGGUUCCAGGAGCUGGCUGUGCAGGCCCCGCGGGCCUUCUGCUACAUGCCUGCUGGGGACGCCCAACUGCUCUUGGCCCCCAGCUUCAAGGGACAGACACUUGUGUACCGACACAUAGUGGUGGAUCUCAGUGCCUAGAGGGGUGCCGAGACCGCUGGGUUGGAGGCUGAGGGGGAACCUCUGUGUGAGCAGCAUGUGUGCCCAGGUGAAGGCACAUGUAGCCAACCUCAUGCACACACAGUUUCCUGGGGAGCCCCACGUGGAUUGGCCCUGGGAGCCACGAAUCGUAGUUGUAAUCAGCACGAGGACUCAUAGAUGCCCCAGGAAAUCCAGUGCCUGGGGCCCUUCUGUCUGUGGACACCUGUGGACCCCACACCCCAUCUGCAGGCCCCCUCGCUCUGCUGCCUUCCACAUGCACUAGCCUGGAGAGGGGGAGGGGUGCGGGGAGGGAGGGUCUUGGGCUACUCCUUCUGACCCUCUGGUCUCUCCUGUUGGUGCUCCAGGUGUCUGUUUAACCUGUUUAUACCCCACAUUGCAGCCACGACCACAUCCUUCCUACGGUGGGCACACUCACCCCCGCUCCGCUCCUCCUGCAUGCACACGCGGACACUGGCCCGCACCCUCAGUCACACGCACACACACCUGUCCACACCCAUUUUCCCUCGCACAUAUGCAGAUUCAGCCCGGCUGAAAGGGGCUCCCCAUCAUUGUCUUGCCUCUCUUCUUGGAGGGGGCACAUAGUACCGUCCUCCUCUGCUCACCCCUGGUAUGCACACCCUGCAGCUGAUAAGGAUGGGAAUAGUAGUGCCAGCCUCUGGGCACCAUCUUGACCUCCUGGUGGCAAAGCCCCUCUGCCCAAAGCAGUAACAACAGCCCCAGCAGACCCUGACUUCUUCCUAGUGCUGGCUCUGUUCUCCCUGGAUUUUCCUUUUCUGAUGCUGGCCCCAUGGACAGGAGGCCACCCAGACAAAAGCUUGUCUGCUUUGCUAUCCUGUAGCUGUCCCAACCUCAGAUCCCCAACCCCUGGUUCAGCCCCGCCUUUGAGAUGUGGACCCUGAGCUGUGCUGGCUCCUUUGGAUGGGUCCAAGAGCUGGUCAGGCCAGGGGCCCUGCAAGCACUUGAACCAUGUGGGUGGGUGCCAGGAGUAGAGCUGGGCUGGAGAGCAUCUUGGGGAACCUGGCACCCCUCCAGUCCACAGAGGCACACACCAGGGGCCUCGCCUUUCAGUGCAAGCUGAGUGGUAGAGGGGUGAGGGCCUUAUGGAGUGGCUCCUGGGAGCCAAGCUUCUGCUGCCCUCUGCUGUGUGCUGGGGAUAGCUGGGAGGGGCAAGGCGGGUAAAGAAGGCAGGGGGAAGGGAGGCUCUUCCCUGUGCCCAGACUGUGGAAGGGGCUCCUGGUGGCAGGAUGCUGGGGGCACUUGGGUGCAAUGCUAUAAUUCACUUACUUCAAAUAAAAAGUUCCCACCCCAUUGCCAGCGCUCAGGUGUCCAGUGGCAACAGUCAGCAGUAGCUGUUUCAUUAAGAACCGAGUGUGUUUUUUCUGUCUCUGCUGCUCCCAGGGGGAAAGCGUUGGCUUUCAGACCCUGUUCCUCCCUGCCCCCUUCCCUCCGAGGAGUGAGUGGACACCCGCAAGGUCAGCCGGUACUGGGGUCAGGAGUUCAUGGUGAUGACACUAGGCCAAUGUGACUCGUCCCCACCACCUGGAGCUGACUCAUGGCCCAAAUGUUCCUUCCUGGAGAUCACAGUUUUGGGGCCACUGAAACUGGAGUCUGUCCCCCUGUCAGGUCACUCCAAUCAACAUGACCAAGGACAAGGUCAGCAGUGCCUUUCCUCCCCACCCCCUCUGCUGGGUAAAUAUCCAUUAUCACUGCCACCCUCUGCUCUGGGUGUGAGAUGUCAAGCAAAUGGACUGAUUUCCCGGAGCCUGAAUUCCCUCUGCAACACAGAUGAUAAAUCCUACUUUGUCGAAUCUUGAUUGGGCCACCUGCUAGUUGGGUGGCCUCAACCACAUCACUUAGCCUAUUUGUAUCUGUUUCUUCAUCUGUAGAAUGUGGAGAACCAUGAUACUUAACUGACAGGGUUAGUGUGAAAUUUAAAUGCAUUCAAUAGCUAGUCUAUUAAUAUACGCAAGACACUUCAAAGAGUAUGUCUGGCACAGAAGUAUGACUUUCAUUGGUCUGUAGGACUAUAUGAGACACAGAGGUAGCACAGAGAAGGCUGUUUUGUGGGAGAGGAGAAGGGUGCCCUUUAGGGAGAACUGCUGUCUGUGAAUUAGGGUUCCUUAUCCACCCUUGGUCUGAAAACCCCCGUACCCCACAUCUUACCUGUAGUCUCAGAUGCCCAACCAACCCUGCUCCUGACCACCCAUCACAAUGGAGAAUCUCACAGGUGAUGUGUCUGGGUUUCCGUUUCCUCAAACCAUAUGCAAGUGCCCUUGGCUUAGCAGGCGCCCCAUUGGGUCCCCCAGCCAUACUGUUCUGGGAAUUCCUGCUUGUUCAAAUGGGGAAUGGGCCCUCACGCUGUGCCAAGGAGAGGUUGCCAGGGAAAGUGAGUUGAGUCUCCCGGACCCGUUGUCAGCCUGUCGCUCAGGAGCAAGAUAAAUAUCACUCUGACUGUCUUCUCCUCACCCCCACCUCGGGCUACUCCCAAGGAUAGGAAACACUUCUCUCCCUGAAUGCCCAGCUCUCUGCACAUGGGGAAUGAAAUCUACUUUAUGCCUGCCUGGUCAUCUGCCCUGGGGGUCAUCCGUGUGUCCAGAGAGCUGCUUAGCAACCCAGUGUAACCAGGUGACUGUGUCAACAGCUCAGGACCAAAGGCCACGGGAGGCAGAAUCCACUCACUCUGUCAAAGCUGAGGAGGAUGAUACCCCCCAGCUGCCAGCGUCAUGCGCCUGCAUGCUAGGCCCUGCUCUCAGCUGCAAACUCCUCACAACUUGUCCCUUAGAUUUCCCAAGCACAGUUAUCGGGACCAGAAGUCUCCAUGUGAGAGACUGUCCCAGCUGGGAUGGCUUAUAGCUGACACAGAGGAGCUUUCCCCGAUGAAUGGGGGGGCGGGGGCGGGGGUAGAGAGAGGCCUGUGAUGCUGAGGUCAGGCUUAUGACCCUGGAAGGUCACAAGGGGAGAAGGCGGUUCUGUGGCAGGUACCAAAGGACUCAAGGUGCACAUGCACACAUUCGGCCCAGGUACCAUUACCUCCUGAAGAAAGAAUAUCCCUUCCGUCUUCUGCAUUCCCUACCUCUACCCCGCUCCUCCGGAGCUAGUCCCC